AUGGCGGCAUUAUCAGUCCUUCUCGGCGCACUCAAUGCCACAAACCUCGCAAACACCACCAACGGUCUGAACGUGACCAAUCUCGCUGGAAUAUCUCCCUUGGCAUUCAUCUCGCCUACUUCGGAUGCGACGACGUACAAUACCAGUCAGCAGAUCAAUGUGACAUGGACCACGCCUUUUGAAUUCACGACCGUACGGGUGUUCCAAGGUCCUCUCGAGGAUGGAUCGUACGUGUCAGAUAUCCUUGCUGGUAGGUCGAUUUCAAGGAGUCCAUUCCGAUAUUUGCUGACACGUAACGCAGCCAAUUUCACAAGAAACAUGACCAGCCUGUGGCGAGAAGCAGGUGCCGUGAUGAUGGCGAAUCUCUCCGCACCUUUGCACUUCCAGCUCCAAAAAGGGCACCAGCCGAACGAUUGUGAUGCAUGUGUCUUGAACAGCGUGCAACUUCGGAUAUCCAAUGCCAGCGUACCAGCGACCAUGUCUCAAGCCGCGGCUGAAGCGACAGCUCCAGCAGCGGCGGUACCGGCCCGUAUGGAUGAUGACUCAAGGACUGUUCGCCUAGGCGUUGGCAUUGGUGUUGGCCUUGGCCUUGGAUUUCUGAUCCUGAUCGGGGGCGUGAUGCUGCUGGCUCUACGGCGUCGAAAGCAGAGGAGGCAAGCCAGAGAGCGUGAAUUGGAGGAGAGACGACUCCUGGAGGCAGUUGCGGACAAGCAGAGGCACAGCUCUGGCACGGAAUCGUGGAUGACUGGUAUGACGCACAAGCAAUUCGAGUUCGAAGGACCGGACGGGACCCCUCGAGAAGGAUGGGAGUCGCUGUUCGGCGGUGGCGAAGGCCUGCGGAGGUUUCUCUCGCGAAAAGCAUCAAAAGGGCGAGGCGGCAUUCGAUAG